GGAGAGAGAGUGUGUGAGAGAGAGACUGGGAGGGAGAAGAGGAGGGAAAGCGCUGUCGCUUCCUCCCAUCACUAAAGCAAUAACCUCUUAGGAUUUUUUUUUCCUUUUUUUUUCUUUUUUUCUUUUUUUUUUUUCUUUUUUGUAAGGGAGUCAACUAUCACCCCAGAGAUAAAGAGGGAGAGAGAAGCACCGCCAGCCCAACUCUAACAUUUCCAGUAAGAACUUACAGACUUAAUAUAGCUGUCUCUGCACUGGUGAGAAAGGGAUGGAAAUUGUGUACAGUGCAGACUGGAAAAUACCCCCGAUCUAAAGAAGUGCACCGGAUUUUUGCUUGCUGUUUGUUUGUGUUGUUGCGUGCACGCUAAACACCCGAAGGAUCGCCGCUUAAUAGAAAUGAAACGUGGAGAGGAUGACUAACGGCAGAACUGUGAAUUUGUUCCUUGGAGUUGCUAAUUUGCCACCCCGAAGCAACACAUAUCUCAAGGAGGAAGCGUUUGGCUGCUGCUGAUUUCUCCAAAACUGGUGGUUUACCAGAUGCAUUGUGCUGUAUCUGCUCGAACAGAUCACUGCUUAGCUGCAGCAGAUCGUCAAAGGUAGACAACCAACUGCUGUCUCCACAUAAGAAAUGAGAUGUAAUGCAUCCUGCAGUCCAUGCAUGCCUCCUCUUGCAAAUCGCGCAUCAUCCCUCUGUGGAAACCUUUAAGUCCUAAAAUCUGGGAAAAGAGAGUAAAAACAUUAUCAUGGACCUGAGGGAUUUUUACCUGUUGGCUGCUCUGAUUGCCUGUUUAAGGCUGGAUUCUGCUAUAGCUCAAGAACUUAUUUACACUAUUAGAGAGGAGCUGCCUGAAAAUGUACCCAUAGGAAACAUACCAAAGGAUCUGAACAUUUCUCACAUCAAUGCUGCCACGGGGACCAGUGCCAGCCUUGUCUACAGACUGGUGUCUAAAGCGGGAGAUGCCCCUCUGGUCAAAGUGUCCAGUACCACUGGGGAGAUCUUUACGACGUCUAACAGAAUAGACAGAGAAAAACUCUGUGCUGGAGCUUCCUAUGCAGAAGAAAAUGAGUGUUUCUUUGAACUUGAGGUGGUGAUUCUCCCCAAUGACUUUUUUAGGCUGAUCAAAAUAAAAAUCAUUGUAAAGGAUACUAAUGACAACGCACCUAUGUUUCCAUCCCCUGUCAUCAAUAUCUCCAUACCAGAAAACACUCUGAUCAACAGUCGUUUUCCAAUCCCAUCAGCCACAGAUCCUGACACAGGUUUCAACGGCGUGCAGCACUACGAGUUGUUAAAUGGACAGAGUGUCUUUGGACUGGAUAUUGUAGAAACUCCAGAAGGAGAGAAAUGGCCUCAACUGAUUGUGCAGCAGAACUUGGAUAGAGAGCAAAAGGACACCUAUGUGAUGAAAAUCAAAGUGGAGGAUGGAGGUACCCCCCAGAAAUCCAGCACAGCUAUCCUGCAAGUCACAGUAAGUGAUGUCAAUGAUAAUAGGCCAGUUUUUAAAGAGAGUCAAAUAGAGGUUCACAUACCCGAGAAUGCCCCUGUAGGCACUUCUGUAAUUCAGCUUCAUGCUACAGAUGCAGAUAUAGGAAGCAACGCAGAAAUCAGAUAUAUUUUUGGUGCCCAAGUUGCCCCUGCAACCAAAAGAUUUUUUGCUUUAAACAACACCACAGGGCUGAUUACAGUGCAGAGGUCCUUAGAUCGAGAAGAGACUGCUAUUCACAAAGUGACAGUGCUGGCUAGUGAUGGUAGCUCUACUCCAGCUCGGGCAACUGUUACCAUCAAUGUCACUGAUGUAAAUGAUAACCCUCCUAAUAUAGACCUCAGGUACAUAAUAAGUCCCAUCAAUGGUACAGUGUACUUAUCUGAGAAAGAUCCUGUCAAUACAAAGAUUGCCCUAAUUACAGUUUCAGAUAAGGACACUGAUGUGAAUGGCAAAGUGAUCUGUUUCAUUGAGAGAGAGGUCCCCUUUCACUUGAAGGCAGUUUAUGACAACCAGUAUUUGUUAGAGACCUCUUCCUUGUUGGACUAUGAGGGCACCAAAGAAUUCAGCUUUAAAAUUGUUGCUUCUGAUUCUGGGAAGCCCAGUUUGAACCAGACUGCCCUGGUAAGAGUUAAACUGGAGGAUGAAAAUGACAACCCUCCGAUUUUCAGCCAGCCUGUAAUUGAGCUGUCAGUUUCUGAAAACAACCGUCGUGGUCUAUACUUAACAACUAUUAGUGCCACAGAUGAAGACAGUGGGAAAAAUGCAGACAUUGUUUAUCAGCUUGGCCCUAAUGCCUCCUUUUUCGAUCUGGAUCGAAAGACAGGAGUUUUGACAGCCUCCAGAGUUUUUGACAGAGAAGAACAAGAACGUUUCAUUUUCACUGUUACAGCGAGAGACAAUGGUACCCCUCCUUUGCAGAGUCAAGCAGCUGUAAUUGUUACUGUGUUGGAUGAAAAUGACAACAGUCCCAAAUUUACUCAUAAUCACUUUCAAUUUUUUGUAUCGGAGAACUUACCAAAGUAUAGCACUGUAGGGGUGAUAACGGUAACUGAUGCAGAUGCCGGGGAAAAUAAAGCGGUGACCCUUUCCAUCCUGAAUGACAAUGAAAACUUUGUGCUGGAUCCUUUCUCUGGAGUUAUAAAGUCCAAUGUUUCUUUUGAUCGAGAACAGCAGAGCUCCUACACCUUUGAUGUUAAAGCAAUUGAUGGAGGACAACCACCUCGCUCUUCUACAGCAAAAGUAACCAUAAAUGUCAUGGAUGUUAAUGAUAACAGCCCCGUUGUCAUCUACCCACCUUCCAAUACUUCUUUUAAGCUAGUGCCACUUUCAGCAAUUCCAGGUUCGGUAGUAGCAGAAGUAUUUGCUGUGGAUAUAGACACUGGAAUGAACGCUGAACUUAAGUAUACGAUCGUAAGCGGAAAUAACAAAGGUUUGUUUCGUAUUGACCCAGUGACAGGUAAUAUCACUCUGGAAGAAAAACCAACUCCUAAUGAUGUGGGGCUGCAUCGUUUAGUGGUCAACAUAAGUGAUCUGGGUUAUCCCAAAUCCUUGCAUACUCUUGUGCUUGUAUUUUUGUAUGUAAAUGAUACUGCUGGAAAUGCCUCUUACAUUUAUGACUUGAUACGCAGGACUAUGGAAACACCUUUGGACCGGAACAUAGGGGACGGUAGCCAGCCCUACCAAAAUGAGGACUAUCUCACGAUCAUGAUUGCUAUUGUGGCAGGUGCUAUGGUUGUCAUAGUGGUGAUAUUUGUCACAGUUCUCGUGCGCUGUCGACAUGCAUCCAGAUUCAAAGCAGCCCAAAGGAGCAAGCAAGGUGCUGAGUGGAUGUCUCCCAAUCAGGAGAACAAGCAAAACAAGAAAAAGAAAAGGAAGAAAAGGAAAUCUCCGAAGAGUUCUCUUUUGAACUUUGUGACCAUUGAGGAGUCCAAACCUGAUGAUGCUGUUCAUGAACCUAUCAACGGGACAAUAAGCCUUCCAGCAGAGCUGGAGGAGCAAAGUAUAGGAAGAUUUGACUGGGGCACAGCACCACCAACAACCUUUAAGCCUAACAGUCCUGAUCUUGCCAAGCAUUACAAAUCUGCCUCUCCACAGUCUGCUUUUCAUCUCAAACCUGACACUCCAGUUUCAGUGAAAAAGCACCAUGUGAUUCAGGAACUCCCGUUGGACAACACCUUUGUUGCUUCCACUAGUUCAGAUCACUUCAGUGCCUCAGAGUGCAGUUCCCAAGGAGGCUUCAAGACAAAGGGCCCCUUACACACCAGACAGUGGGUUACCGGACAGAAAAAUGAAACCUACGAAGUGGAUGAGAAGUUAUUAGCCUUUCUUCCUACUUAACCCUGUUAACAGGGAUGUCAGCUGAACUUCCAUCUGUUUUGAGACUGAAACCUAGCCGACUACAUUUAGCAUGAAAAAGCAAAGCAGCAUUCUAGGAUUAGAAGCCCAGCCAAAAGUAUAUUUGCAUUGGAGUUUCUGCCCUCUAAAUGAUCACAGCUGUUGAACAAUGUUUUACAGAGAAAGAAUUAAACUUUUUCCGCAUCGAAGAGACAGUUACCUUGAAAAGAUAGUGAGACUCCUUGGUGCAAGAGCUUCAUUUUAAUUAUGAUAGAUAAGUCCUAGAGAAGUACAUAAGCAUUUGAUUUUUUUUUCACCAUACCAGCGUGCUUAAAAGAAAUAGCUCACUUUCUUCUGGAGAUCUUAAUGUCUCAGGAGUCCUUGUUGAUGUUUAAAAAUCCACUUUUGGUUAUUACACAUUUCAGCGUAUUGCUUUUAUCCUAGCAAUAAUGAAUGCAAAACUGUCCUGUCCUUUGCAAUGCUUUGAGCUGUUCAGAUAACGCGUUGCUUGGUGGUUAAAUGCAACUCACGUAACCCUACUGUGCUCUGUUUGAGGGGAAAGUACAACUUUUAAUUCAUUAUUUUCUGGUAUAAUAAUAAUUUUUGGGUCUGCUUUUUCCACACUUUUGAGUGACAGUGUCACACCCCAAAUACAUGGUUUGUAUAACUAUGGUGCUGAAAACUUCACUUUCUCUUUAAAUAUGUAAUUUUACAUUCUGAUUGUAAAAUAAUUAAUGGGUUGCUGCUCACGCUCAGAUCUUGAAAAAGGAAACACAUCUGGCAUACUUCUGGAGACAUACUUAGUCACUGUGUGAUGGUUUUUCUCUAAAACAUGAAAAACUGUGGAAAAGGAGGUCCAGCUGUUAGAAGAAGUUUCCCCCAUGUGUGAUAUAAUGUAUGAGUAAUCAUAAAUGUAAAACAUUUGAUGUGACAAUUUCCUAUGUAAUUAUUAUGCAGUAGUUAGUAGCCACAGUAUACUAUAUUACUCCUGUUAUGUAUUUUGGAGGUGGAGGCAAUGGAUUCAUAAUAUGGUUUAACAUGUAUAAGUAGUAUCAGUCCAUCUGAGGGAUACUCUUCCCCCAGGUUGAGAAUUGCAAAUUUACAAUGUUGAUUUUUUGAAUCUUAUGAGCCACUACAGAGUGGAAAAUAUUUAAGGAUAGCAGUGUAUGUACUUCUAUAUGUUACUGAGUGUUAAAUAAGCAAUCGAUUGAUUGUUAAAUAAACUAAUAUAUAUAUAAUGCAUUAUAUUUAUGCAAAUAAUAGCUGCAAAAAUCAGGUGAAGUGUUUCACUUUUAUUGUAGUAGUAGGCACCAUUGCUAUGUGUUUAUCUAUGCAUAGUUUAGGAGAGAAGAAGAUGCUGUCAAUGAUUCUGUAAUAUUUUCUUCAUUGUAGUGGCCAUUGACUUGAAUAAGAAUCACUGAUAUGUAUAGUAAUGAAUCUUUAAAACUAUCGUUUCUAAUCAGUGUUGGACAGUGCAAAUAAACAGGUGUCCUGUAUAAAAUGGACCUUUGUCCACUUUGAGUUAAGAACUACAUAAAAUAAGAUAUAAAGUAGUUGUACAUUCAAAAUGUAUUAAAUUCCAUUUUUAAUUUGCUAUAUUUUGUAAAACAUUUUCAAUGUAAACAGUAUGCCUCUCUCACAUGUCAAAUCAAAACUCUUAGUAUUUAUUUUAAAAAUAUAUACCUAAUGUCAUUGGAAGCUUAUUGCACUCUUAUUAAUGUAUAUAUUGUGACUUCAAAAAGUCUGUACUGAACUUUGCUUAAACUACUAGUAUGUUGAUUUCUUUCAAAUUUAUUUUUAAUUAAUGACAUUAAGGAUAAGAUCCUUUCUAAAUGUACUUUAAAAUUCACAAUAAAGUUUCAGAAGUUGUUUUGUACAA